CGACAGAACGACUCACUGCGCAGACCUUCCUAUCAUUGGAGCCACAUUCCUCUCGAAAGCUAAAUCCCCACGGCUGUUUUAAUGUCGCCCGCUAGAGUCACUGAACCGGUCGUUUUUACGCCAGAGGGCGCCGUAUCAAUCUCCUACAACACUCUUGUCUCCUCUCCACUCUCUCUAACGGACGCCAUCGAAAAGGCUUUCGGAUCUCAUCCGGAUUCCUUGGGGAUUAUCGUCGUUCGUGAUCUGCCGGCAGAAUACAAGACCUACAGGGAACGGCUUCUGCUUCUCUCUAGUGAUUUCGCCCAUCUCGACGAAUCCACGAGAGAGAGUUAUGCUGACAGCAAAAGCAGCUAUAGUUUCGGGUGGUCGCAUGGAAAGGAAAUCAUGAAUGGGAGGCCAGAUACGCUCAAGGGCUCGUACUAUGCGAAUCCGGUCGUGGACAGUCCAUCUGUAUCCGCGGAUCUUCAACAACAGUACCCUGAGUACUACGGCACCAACAUCUGGCCAAAGAGCGAUGAGGCCGGGGUAGAGAACUUUGAAUCGGCGUUCAAGGACCUUGGAAAAUUUAUCUUCGACGUCGGAUGCAAGCUAGCAGGCGCUUGCCAGCCAUUUGCUUCAUCACACUUGACCGACUCAUCACUCUCACUCGCGAAGUUGAUCAGCUCCUCCCAGACUACCAAAGCUCGCCUUCUGCAUUACUUUCCUCCAUCUCCGGAGAAUCCUCUCCCGAAGGAAGAUGAACCCAUUGACAGCUGGUGUGGCUUCCACCUCGACCACUCGCUUCUGACUGGUCUUUGCUCCGCCAUGUAUCUUGAACACAACCCGCACGCUAAACCCAGCAUAGUCUCCGCUCCCUCUCCCUCCUCCGGCCUCUAUAUUCGUAGCCGCGGGGGAAAUCUAACCAAAGUCUCCAUUCCUGUCGACUGUCUCGCUUUCCAAACUGGCGAAGCCCUUGAGCUAGCCACGAAUGGUCAACUUCGUGCCACUCCGCAUUGCGUUCGUGUUGGUGAUGGAGGCGCGCACGCGGAGAAGGUGUCCAGGGAGACAUUUGCGCUUUUCAUGCAGCCUGAUGUGGACCAGAAGAUCGGGGAGAGCGAAACGUUUGGGCAGUUUAGUAAGAGGAUAUUCGAGGAGCACUAUGAUGGCAAGUCGGAGGGAAAAUAACAAACGAUCGUGCGCCAAUGUAGAUGUAAACACUUGUAUUUCUCUUAGUUAUCAGGCUGUACUGUUUUCGUAUGGGCAUAAAUUGGGAUUAUG